AUGGCCAAGUACCUGGCCCAGAUUAUUGUGAUGGGCAUGCAGGUGGUGGGCAGGGCCUUUGCCCGGGCCCUGCGGCAAGAGUUUGCAGCUAGCCGGGCAGCAGCUGAUGCUCGGGGGCGUGCUGGCCACCAGUCUGCUGCUGCUUCCAGCCUCUCUGGCCUCAGCUUGCAGGAGGCCCAGCAAAUCCUCAACGUCUCUAAGCUGAGCUCUGAGGAGAUACUGAAGAAUUAUGAACACUUGUUCAAGGUGAAUGACAAGUCUGUGGGAGGCUCCUUCUACCUGCAGUCCAAGGUGGUCCGAGCAAAGGAGCGCCUUGAUGAGGAACUGAAGAUCCAGGCCCAGGAGGACAGAGCGAAAGAACAGCCAACCAGGACAUGA